ACACACCAAGACUAUACCGUAGGAUGGAUAUCUAUAAUCAACCCUGAGAUGGCAGCAUUUCGAGCGCUGUUGGACGAAGAGCACGCGCCGCUCCCAAAGGUGGGCAAUGACGACAACGCCUAUAUUCUUGGCCGGAUGGGAAGGCAUAAUGUUGUUAUGGCAUUUCCUUCGGCUUACGGCACAAAUCCCGCCACUCAGACAGUGACAAACAUGAUACGAUCUUUCCCGAACAUUCGUUUUGGGUUGCUUGUGGGGAUUGGAGGUGGCGCUCCACAACCCAUCAAUCCAGAUCCACGAAAAGAUAUUCGGCUUACAGAUGUCGUUGUUAGCUCACCCGAGAAGGAACUUAGUGGCGUUAUUCAAUGGGAUAUGGGCACAUUAGAAGAAAGCGGCCCUGUAAUAAAAUCACAUCUAAAUAAGCCGCCUCAAGUAUUGCUUAAAGCAAUGAAACUUUUGCAGUUGAACCACGGCUUUGGAAAAGGUAAUAUGUGGCAUUAUAUAGAUCAAGUUACUCGGUCAAAUAUGCCAGGCAUGGAAGCCGCUCGACAUCCCGGAGCAGAUAAUGACCAGCUAUUUCAAUCAGGUUACAAGCACAAGGAUGGAGACACCUGUUUGGGCUGCGAUACAUCCAAAAUUGUUGCGCGAGCAAAAAGAGAAUCAACUCGUGCUGAGGUCCAUUACGGUCAAAUCGCCUCUGGCAACAUGGUGAUGAGGAAUGCUAAGAAGCGAGACACUCUCAGAAAGAUGUGGCGCGUGAUUUGCUUAGAGAUGGAGGCGGCAGGCCUUAUGGAUAACUUCCCAUGCACUGUCAUUAGGGGUAUUUGCGACUACUCAGACAGUCACAAAAACAAGCAGUGGCAGGCAUAUGCUGCUCUUACGGCCGCAGCCUAUGCUAAAGACCUAUUGAUGACAGUUCAGCCGGAGGAAGUUGAGCUCACGCCGCCCGCCAACGACAUCAUGAAUGGAGAAAGACUUAG